UGCCGGCCUCCAUCGAAAUCUUAGCAGGAGCCGCUCUUCCCUUGUCAUCUUAUCUUCUCCAUGGGCAAGAGGCUUUUGAAAUGCUCCACAUCCACCGAUAGAGCUCCAGAUGAUUUGGAGCAGCAAGUAAUUCUGAAGAAGCAAAAAAAGGUGGAAGAAUAUAAAUGUAUAUUCGAAGAUGAAGAUGCACAUGUUUACGAUCCCAGAACCAUUCUCGUUCAGGGAUUGGAUUGUACCCUUCCUGUGGCUGAUAUCAGGAGCGCAUUGAGAAAACACUUCGGUUCAUGUGGACUUAUCACAAGGGUUUUUGUUCCGACAGAGUGUAAAACCGGUUCUCUCCUCGGGUGCGCUCUCAUUAAUUACUUUCAUCCAAAUGAUGAAAAGAAGGCAUUAGCACUCGAUGGUAGUUUCUUGGGAGGUAUGCAGCUUGAGGUUUUGUUGGAGGGUAACAGCAGCGGUUCUAGUAUCUUUCCUAACUUUAAAAGGUGUGAACGUUGUGUCUUUCUUCAAAGGAAGCGCUUCCAUGACCUUUACAUUACAACUAAUGGAGGUCUUAGGAUGAACAAUUUAGCUGUUUGGAAAAAACAUAAAGCUAAAAAAGUUGAAGAAGAAAAACGGAGCUAAGAAUGGUCGUUUUGAUUGUUGUUUAUCUACAAGCUACUACUUGUUUAUCUUUUUUUUGUUAUGUUUUAUAAGAACACUUGUAUUGUGUACUCUUGCUGCUAUUCAGUUUCAUAAUUUAUGCCUAAAUCAAAUGUUGAACUUAUA